GACCGGUUAAAGCGAUGGCUUAGAUAAGAUCCCAAGAAUUCCAGUGGCCGCAGGGGAGGGACACGCACUGCAACAAAGAAUCACACUGACUGGCAGUGGCAAUAAGGGACACCAUUAAUAGUCAAAUCUGUGCUUGUCGUAUACAAUUCAGAUCUCAUUUUCACGCUUGUUGACUGAGGCAGAUCACACUCGAGAAGAUCAACCGUGGGUUUCUUAACAGGUCCUGACACGGAAGGUGCUUUUCAUUGUAACUUUGAACCGCAGCGGGAAAUACACACUUGCUUCCUGCUGGCGUGGGUCGCAACCUUUGAUUCUGAGGGAAGACGCCGUCAUGUAUUUGGGAACAACUUUAUAAUUCUGUUGUAUUGGCGUCUGAGCAACUCAUUCAGUGAGUUCCUGAGAGUUUUGAUGUGCCUGUCGCACUGAAUUACGACAGGCAGUGACAAGCUUGUUUUGGGAUUUUGAAGUCUGAUGUCUACCGGGAGCUGCUGCAAUGUCGACUGGAGCAGAAAAGAUAUUAGAAAAGCGGGUCACGAAGUUGGAGACAUUGAUCAAGGAUCAACGAUCACCUCUGAAUCUCGAGAGUUUGCUGGACUCAAUAACUGCUCUCGCUCUUGAUCUGAAUCAUCCUGCGCUAAGAAAGAACAAAAACAUUGAUGCCUUCCUCAACAGAUAUGAAAAGGCCGUCGGCCGCCUCAGAGAAUUACAGGUGAGACUGGAUGAUUUUGAAAGAGUAAAGCUGAUCGGUCGUGGAGCUUUUGGCGCGGUUCAGCUGGUACGACACAAGGGGUCUCAGCAGGUGUAUGCCAUGAAACAGCUCAGCAAGUUUGAGAUGGUCAAACGCUCUGACUCCGCCUUCUUCUGGGAGGAGCGUGACAUCAUGGCAUUCUCAAGAAGCCCAUGGAUUGUGCAGCUGUGCUGUGCAUUUCAAGAUGAGAAGUAUCUCUAUCUGGUGAUGGAGUUCAUGCCGGGUGGAGAUCUGGUGACCCUGACCAGCAACUAUGAAAUCCCAGAGGAGUGGGCUCGAUUUUACACUGCUGAAGUAGUGCUUGCUCUGGACGCCAUUCAUUCUCUGGGCUUCAUCCACAGAGACAUCAAACCAGACAACAUGCUGCUAGACCGCAACGGACACCUCAAACUUGCUGAUUUUGGAACGUGUAUGAAAAUGGAUUCGUCUGGUAUGGUCCGCUGUGACACCGCUGUUGGGACUCCUGAUUACAUUUCACCUGAGGUUUUGAUGUCACAAGGAGGCACCGGUUACUAUGGUCGUGAGUGUGACUGGUGGUCUGUGGGCGUUUUUAUCUACGAGCUGCUAGUUGGUGACACACCAUUUUAUGCCGAGUCCCUGGUUGGCACAUAUGGAAAGAUCAUGGAUCAUAAAAACAGAUUAACCUUCCCAGAUGACAUCGAAAUGUCAAGGGAUGCCGAAGACCUCAUCCGGGCUUUUCUGAGUGACAGGGAUGUGAGGCUUGGCCGGAAUGGAGUGGAGGAGAUAAAGUGUCAUCCCUUCUUCAAGAAUGAUCAGUGGACCUUCGAUAACAUUCGAGAUGCCAUGGCUCCAGUGGUGCCAGAGCUGAGCAGCGAUAUUGACACCAGUAACUUUGAUGAUGAUAUAAAGGAUGAUCCAUUAGGCAUCGAGACCUUCCCUCCUCCACGUGCCUUUGCAGGAAAUCAGCUACCGUUUGUGGGCUUCACCUACUUCAGGGAGGACCAGUUGUUAAUCCACAAACAAAACGGUUCAGAGAAGGAAUCUGAGAUCUCUGAUGAUAGGUUCAUAGAAAAGGAGCAUGGAUUAAACCAGUCAAAGUCCAAUGAUCUACAGAAGAAACUGAUUAAGUUGGAGGAAAAAAUCAAACAUGAGUUACAAGCAAAGGAGGAGCUGGAAAGUAAAUGCAGAUCAGCAAAUCAGCGACUGGAGAAGCUGUCCAAAGAGCUUGAAGAAGAGGUGAAUGCGAGACAAACUGCAGAAGAGUCUCUGAGGGAUUUGGAGAGGGAGCAAGCUUUGCUGAAACACCAGCGUUCAGAAAGUGUAAGAAAAGCCGGACUUCAGACAGACAGAAAGCGUGCUCUUGAGAAUGAGGUGAGUAGCCUGAAAGAGCAGCUAGCCGAGCUUAAGAAGAAGAACCAGAACUCUCAUCUUUCCACCGAAAAGAACAUUCACUUGGAGAGACAGUUGGAGGAGGUAAAUGCAAAACUUGUUGCAGAGGUGGAGGAAUCGGAGCGGCUGAAAAAGGCCCAGGCUGAGGCACUGAGACAGUCCCAGCAGCUGGAGGUCUCUCUCAGAGAGCUUCAGGAGCGUCUGGCCCAGCUGGAGAACAGCAGACUGGGUCUGGAACAGGAGAAACAGACCCUACAAACCUCACUGGAGGCGGAGAAGCGAGAGAGAAGUCUUGGCUCUGAGACCAUCAAUGACUUACAAGGUCGAGUCUCUGGGUUGGAAGACGAGUUAAAACACAUGAAAAGUUCUCUUUCAAAGGCUGAAUCAGAGAAAAGACAGUUACAAGAGGACUUUACUGCCCUGGAAAAGGAGAAAAGCAAACAGGAGAUUGAUCUCACCUUCAAACUGAAAGCUGUCCAGCAGAGUCUGGAGCAGGAGGAGGCGGAGCACAAAAACACCAAAGCCAAAUUGGCAGACAACAACAAAAUCAACCAAUCCAUCGAGGAGGCCAAGUCAGAGGCCCUCAAAGAUAUGGAACGUAAGCUGCUAGAAGAACGAUCUGCAAAACAACUGUUGGAAAGCAGACUGAUGCAGCUGGAGAAGGAGAACUUGGUGUUAGACUGUGAUUACAAACAAGCCAAAAAUGAACUCCAGGAGCUUCGCUCGCUCAAAAAAACACUCAAUGAGGAGGUGGAGGUGCUAAAUGUGCGCGUGCAGCAGGAGGCUCAGAAGAAGACUUUGUGUCAGGCUGAUCUGAAGGUUCAGAGACAGGAGAUCAGCACCCUGCGCUCCUCUGAGAAACAGCUUAAACAAGAAGUCAACCAUCUGUUGGAGCUCAAACUCAGUCUGGAGAAACACAACGAGGAGCUGCGCAGGGAAAAAGAAAAAGCUGAUGUACAUCUGAAAGACGUCAAGGAGCAACUGGAGUCAGAGCAAAACUUUACAAAAUUGUAUAAGACUCAAAUUCGAGAGAUGAAAGAGGAAAAAGACGAAAGGACUAAACUCUACCAAGAUGCUCAGCAGAGAAUAGAGGAACUGCAGGAAGAGAGGAAUUCAUUGGCAAUUAAGCUGGAGGACAGUCAGGAGAAAGCAGACUCUGAGCAGCUAGCACGAACCAUCGUUGAGGAGCAAUACUUAAACCUGGAGAAGGAGAAGAUCAUGAAGGAGCUGAAGAUCAAAGAUAUGAUUGCCAAACAUCGACAGGAACUCAGCGAGAGGGAUAAUACCAUCAACUCGCUGGAGGAGUCGAACCGCAUGCUGACCAUGGAUGUUGAGACCCUGGCCAAUGAAAAAGAGGAGCUCAACAAUCACGUCAAACAUUUACAGCAAAAGCUGGAGAAUGCCAAAGAAGAUUCGAAAGAGCUGAAAUCUGUUAAGAUGUAUCUUGAGAAGCAGAUACAGUCUGAGAAAACGCUCAAGAUUCAGGCUAUAAACAAGCUGGCAGAGGUGAUGAAAAAGACAACGGGCACCAGGCAAGGGCAAAAUCACGACACCGAUAUCCGCAGGAAGGAAAAAGAAAACAGACAGCUGCAGUCACAGCUGCGUAUGGAGAAAGAUAAACUCAACAAUACUCUCAUCAAAUAUCAGAAAGAACUCAAUGACAUGCAGGCUGUGAUAGCAGAGGAGUCUCAGGUGCGACUAGAGCUCCAGAUGGCUCUGGACAGUAAAGACAGCGAUAUCGAGCGUCUGCGCUGUCAGCUGACGUCUCUCAGCAUCCACUCACUGGACACCACCAGCAUCAGCAGCACCGGCAAUGACCUGGAUGGCGAUGACAGUUAUCCAGUUCGCAUCACACACUCACAAACCUCGGAGUCAAUGUCCUUCACAUACCAGCGAAGCUCCAAGUCAGUGUGUAUUGAUACCCGGCCAUGCCGGAUUAACCCUCUGAACCCCUCUGACUCCGAGGAAGAGGAGGAUUAUGAGGAGGAUGAGGAGGGUGGGUGGGAUUCAAGGCCCGCUCUUACAUACGAUACACCAGCUGACCAAAAUCCUGCAGCAGAUGUCAGUCUCGAGGGAUGGCUCUCUUUGCCCACCAAGAACACUAAAAGAUUUGGAUGGGAAAAGAAGUAUGUAGUUGUAAGCAGCAAGAAGAUCCUGUUUUACGAUUCGGAGCAGGACAGAGAGCAAUCCAGCCCUUUCAUGAUUCUGGACAUAGAAAAACUGUUCCAUGUGAGACCCGUCACCCAGACGGAUGUCUAUCGCGCAGAUCCCAGAGAAAUCCCAAGAAUUUUCCAGAUACUAUAUGCAAAUGAAGGCGAGAGCAAAAAAGAGGAGGUUGCUAUGGAAACCUUAUCAGCAGUCGAUAGGUCAUCGUUCAUCCCACACAAAGGCCACGAGUUUGUGCCCACACUUUAUCACUUCCCCUCCAGUUGUGAAGUAUGUCCGAGAUCUCUGUGGAGCAUGUUAAAGCCCCCGCCUGCUUUGGAGUGCAGACGCUGCCGGGUCAAGUGCCACAAAGACCACAUAGACCAUAAGGAGGAGGUGCUUGCGCCCUGUAGAGUGAACUAUGACAUGUCCACAGCAAAGGAGCUUCUGCUGCUGGCCAACUCGACAGAGGAACAGCAGAAAUGGGUCAGCCGCUUGCUCAAGAGGGUCCCACGUAAACCCAUAGCCCACAGCGCGAGCUUAGCUAUACCCUCUACUCCAUCAGGGGGAUCUACACCCAGGAUGUCCCCCCAACUUUCUCCUGGCAUGUCACCCCGACCCUCUCCUCACCUGUCGCCACAGGGCUCUCCCAGGAUUUCCCACAGAGCAGCCAUCAAAGGAGCCUCCCAUUCCACCCGACAACAGCCACCGCCAAAGCCCAGAUUGCUUGAGUUGGGUCUGAAGGACUGGGGUUGGUCUCUUGAUGUUGAAAUGGAUGAUGAUGACGAUAUAUUAGACUUUCUGAAGCACUGAAAGGGUUAACCUUGGUGAAGUUCGGAUAGGUGAUAAUCCAUCUGGGAACAGUGACAUCAUCACAGAAGAGAAUGAUAAACUGGCAAAUGGCAGGAUUUGCAAGUGCCAAGUAUAAAUGACUGAUGAGCGUAAUAUUUAGCACUGCAAAAGCCAUAAAUCACCGUAAGGGUAUAGUUUUGAAAAGUCAUGAAAGUGUUUUAUUUUGAAGUUUAGAAGUUAAUUUUGUCACUUUAAAAGGUUGUUGGCAAAUGUGUGCCUGUGUGUGAGUUUGAAAUAGACUAUAUACAGUAGUUGCACUGCAAUUUUAUGGUAAUCUAAAUUUAUAUAAUCAAAUAUAUAUUUUUAGAAAACUGACAAUUUAAGUGGCAAAAAAUGUAUUUAUAUAAAAGAAUACUUUUAUGCAAAUGCUUAACUCAAGAGCCUUUAGAAAGCAUUCGUUUUUUACCAAAACAAUCUGCUCACUGGAUUACUAACUGGUGUGAACACAUUUUACCAUUAUAUGUUUUAUGCUGUCACCAAAAUAAGUUUUUGAUCUGUUUGCAUAGCAACCAUUUUCUGUAUUUUAUUCAAGUAAUACAAUGUACAGAUUGCCAUUGAUAAACUUUUGCAGCAUUGUGAAAAUGUAAAUAAAAAAAUGAAUUUGGUGAAAACCACA